CCACAUUGUUGUCUUGACGGGUAUGCACUUAAACAUAAUUUCUUCAUACAGCAGUCGCGCCUAUAAGGAAGUGUACAUGGAAGGAUUGCUCGAGUACGGUACAGUUGGGGGCUAUAUUGGAAAGAGAAAUUACCUUGACAAUCAUGCGUACAGCUGCAGGUACAAUGCUUAGGAUUAAUACCUAGAGUUUCCAUUCAUUUUGCGAAUUCGGCUCGUAACCACGAACCACGAACCAGCAACCAGAAAACCUUGUCGAAAAUACCAAAUCCGAUCUACACUCAGAUAUGUACUAGUUAUUGUGCAUACCUAGAAAAGGGACUUCAUAAAUAAUCUUAAAAGAUAUUAUAAGCAAAGAUGAUUCUUCCAAUUAUAGCUCUGGGUCAAAGUUAAAAUUGAUAGACUUCCACAAUAUCAAAGUAUAAGCUGAAAAUGCCGAGACGGCUUAGAUGUGCGUCAUUGGGGACUUGCCGAUAAAGAUGCACAGCAAGCCCCCUGCAAUCGAUAAGCUGAUCCCUGGAACAUGAGACGCCGCUCGUGACAACAUCGACACCCUUCUCUCCCGCCAUUCUCCAUUCCCCAAGGUAUACCAAUAACGCACACAUGCUCAACAAAAUCGCAUCAUCGCUUAUCCUACGAACCAGGCUGCCCUGAAAAGGCAUUUUGCCUGACCAUCAUUCUUCUACCGAUCCUUGUUAUUGCUAAACAAUGCGCGCUUCGGAUUCCACAGCAGAUUCCAGGGCACGGCGAUCAUGGGCAACAAUUCGAGCAGAGUGACCGCCCAGGACAAGGCGAUCCUCGACCUCAAACUACAGCGCGACAAGCUGCACCAAUACCAGCGGCGCAUCACGGUGCUAACCGAUAAGGAGACGGCCGUGGCGCGGCAGAUGCUAGCGGCCGGCGACAAGAAGCGCGCCCUGCUAGCUUUGCGCCGGAAGAAGUACCAAGAGUCGCUACUCGAGAAGACCGACGCGCAACUCGCCCAGCUGGAGCAACUAACCCGCAGCGUCGAAUUCGCGCUCAUCCAGAAGGACGUCGUGUUCGGCCUGCAGCAGGGCACGCGGGUCCUGCGCGACAUCCACGCCGAGAUGGGCGGCCUCGAGCACGUCGAGAAGCUUAUGGGCGAUACGGCGGAUGCCAUUGCUUACCAGAGGGAGGUAAGCGAGAUGCUAGGCGGCAGAAUUACAAACCAGGACGAGGACGAGGUCGAAGACGAAUUAGCCGCCCUCGAGCAGGAAAUCAACGGUCCGGCGAAACUACCCAACGUGCCGGAUACCAAGAUACCCCCGCCAAAGGUCAAAGAUGCGAUGCCGCAGGAGCAAGAACCGGAACAAGAACCGGAGCCGGAGAGGAGAGCUAUGCUCGCCGCAUAAUACGAGCGCGAGGGAUGGAUGCAGUAAGAGAGCGGAUAAAUACAAUAUUUACAACUGCAUAAUGAACCGUUGGUGGAAAUUAGAAGCCGCGUUUUGGGUUUGGAUAUCCAGGGUAGGGUAGUGUGUAUAGCAUAUAAGGCACUGGUCCUCUUUUCGGGGCAGCACGGGAUCGCAACACCUCUUGUCGGUAAUAGGACCUUUCACCAGUGUAGAGCCAGGGAAGGAGGUUUAGAUGAGCUAGCGUUACGACUAUGGAUGGAUAGGUAGGGUAUAAGCUAUAUAAUGCAUACAUAAAUAGAUAAUACGGGUUUAUUUA